GGUGCGAUCAUCUGGGAAAAAAAAUUCACUCCGUCGAUUUGUUUUUUUUUUCUUUUUUCCCCAGGAGCCCACACCUGUGUCAUUUUCCUUCGACUUUAAAUAUUCUCGAAGCCCAAAUCGGAUGCAAAGAAAUGAACGGUGAACUCAGCGCGUGGAGUAUAAAUAAAGAUUCCGGCUAGCUAGCAGCUUAGCCCACCCAAUUAAGCUAGUUAGUGCGCGUAGCUAAUUAACUUUUCGGCUUUUGGAUGCUCAGAAUCAAAUGUUCGCACUGUAGUCAGUGUUCUGUGCUGGCUGUCGUCUUCUGGCACCUGUCUCCGUGUGUUAGCUAGAGAUCCGGGCGGCUGAUGGACAGUGUCGCCGUGAAUCUGGGAAUCGGGGCGGUUAGCUUAGCGAGACAGCAAAGGACAGCACGGAUGUCGUGGCAGGCUAGUGUGUCCCUCCGGGACUCUAGUUGGUAGUCAUUACAGAUACUAAAACCAGGGCUCGAGUGGGUCUGAUAGCAUAGGAGAUCUCUAGAUUCACAAUCUCAUCCAGUCUUUGGCCUUGGUUGAUAGAUGCGUGUGUAUGAGCAGAUUGGGGGCUCUUUCGCUUCAUCGAUUUAACGCUGCGUCUACCAUAAGGCAUCCUGCAUUUUUUUAAACAACAUUCCCCCAAAUCCAUCCUGUUCCUCUUUCGACGCGGUUGCUAAGGGAAGCGGGCCGUAGAAGUGUGUCAGAUCAGGACUGGGAUCUCCAAACGCUGUGGGGAUGACUCUGGAGUCCAUGAUGGCCUGUUGCAUGAGUGAAGAGGCGAAGGAGUCCAAGAGGAUCAACGCCGAGAUCGACAAGCAGCUCCGGAGAGACAAACGAGACGCGAGACGAGAGCUCAAACUCCUCUUACUGGGCACGGGCGAGAGCGGCAAGAGUACGUUCAUCAAACAGAUGCGCAUCAUUCACGGGACAGGCUACACUGAUGAGGACAAGCGCGGCUUCACCAAACUCGUCUACCAGAACAUCUUCACCUCCAUGCAGGCCAUGAUCCGUGCCACUGAGAACCUCAAGAUCCCGUUCAAAUACGAAGAGAACAAGAACAAUGCUCUGCUGGUGCGAGAGGUCGACGUGGAGAAGGUUUGCUCCUUUGACCAGCCCUAUGUCAGUGCAAUAAAGAAGCUCUGGUCAGAUCCAGGCAUCCAGGAAGCCUACGACCGCAGGCGAGAGUACCAGCUCUCUGACUCCACUAAAUACUAUCUAAGUGAUUUGGACCGUAUCGCAGACCCUUCGUAUCUGCCGACUCAGCAAGACGUGCUUAGGGUUCGCAUCCCUACCACAGGGAUUAUUGAGUAUCCCUUCGACUUGCAAAGCAUCAUUUUCAGGAUGGUGGAUGUCGGAGGGCAACGAUCCGAGCGCAGGAAGUGGAUCCACUGCUUUGAGAAUGUCACGUCUAUCAUGUUCCUGGUUGCUUUGAGCGAAUACGACCAGGUCCUUGUGGAAUCUGACAAUGAGAAUCGCAUGGAGGAAAGCAAGGCGCUGUUUCGCACAAUCAUCACCUACCCCUGGUUCCAGAACUCUUCAGUCAUUCUGUUCCUGAACAAGAAGGACCUUCUGGAGGAGAAGAUCAUGUACUCCCACCUGGUGGACUACUUCCCUGAAUUUGACGGUCCGCAGAGGGACGCCCAGGCGGGCCGCGAGUUCAUCCUGAAGAUGUUCGUUGACCUGAACCCAGACAGCGACAAGAUCAUCUACUCGCACUUCACCUGCGCCACAGACACCGAAAACAUCCGCUUCGUCUUUGCGGCGGUCAAAGACACCAUCCUGCAGCACAACCUCAAAGAGUACAACCUAGUGUGAGCGAGAGAUCGAACGAGAGCGAGACACCUGCAGCCCACACACGGCCGAAAGCACUACACCCCUCACACGCAGAAACACACCUUCACCCCCUUUAGGCACUGGAUCUUCACAUAGUCCUUUUCUUUGGCUGUUUUCUUCUCUCUUCCUGAGUGUCGACCCCUCCAGCUCAUAGCUUUAUCAUCCAAUCUUCCUCAAACACGAAGGCUGGGCCGUUAAACCGGUGCCUGAUGACAAGGAGCGUUCGUUUGCUCUGUAGAUGGGCUGUAGGUGGGCUCUACCUGAAUGAAACUGGGGUACGAACUUAACGGAAACACUCAGUGGAUCGUCUGUAAGGGCGACAUCUUGAAGGACUUCACCUUGCAUCGCUGAAUUCAACCAGGUGUUCGUUGUGCAAUCACAUGCUGUAACACUAGAGGUGGAGGGGAUUUGAUUCAGUACUAUUUUAGGAGUGAUGUAUAGAGAUUUCCCAUCACUACUGGAGAAGAGAUGGCACACACCACGUGAAAUUAUUAUUAUUUUUUUCGUAAUGACAUGAAAGCCACCAGUUUUUUUUUUCUCUCUUUUUUUUCAAAAACGCUCAAAUUGCUUUCCCGAAAUAUUCUAAAAACAACCCAGUUCGCUUGUGUAUCCACUAAAUUUAUCAUUCAGGCAGCGAACGGUUUCCUCCAGUCUAAUGUUUUGCCAGUAUUGGGUGUUUAAUCCGUAUAAUUAAAGGGAUCCAGCUAGUAUUCAGAGAUAUUUACCCAAAGAUUGUGAUUUGUUUACAUGCUUCGUCACAUCAGUUUUAAAUCUUUGACCGAAAGAAUCAAAUUAAACACCUUUCGUAGCCAAUUCAUUCAUGUUUUACUCCGUAUCACAUUCAGUAUCUAGUGAUUUAAAUAUUCAUAGACUCACUUGGAACUCAGCGCAAAAGUGCUCUAUAGGGGGAAAUCGAUUGAGUUUGUUUUAUGUAAUUUAUGGACCAGAUAUGUAAUUAGUCGGACUCAUUUUCCAACUAAAUUUGAGUCUCUUCUGCUGUAAAAAACAAAAAAAAACAAAUCCAUUGGCAAGUGAUCUUUUCUUUUUAAUUUUUCCUUAAUCGAUUAUUGAUGAUCUGUUCGUUUUUUUUUUUGUUUUUUUUUGAAUAUUUGAAAUGCUUGAAAAUGGAGAGUUGAAUUUCCAUUUUAUCAACAUGGCUUUAUGCAAAUAGGAAAGCGAACUUUAUCAGUGGUUGAAUUCUUCACUGGCCUCUGCUUGCGUUGUUUUUUGAGAGUUCGCUCUCGGUUUCGUAGAACCAUAUCUUAGUUCUCGCUCGAUUUAUCUUUUUGGAUUCCAUAGCUAGCUGGCUUUUGGGGGGGGGGGGGGGGGGGUCUUUAUGAUGUAAUUCAGGUGAGUUUUCAUACUUUUCAUUACAAGGGCUAAUUGUGGGCAGAGAAUGAAAGGCCUCUAUGAAGACGAUAGAGCAAUAGGUACGCCGAAGUGGGUAUGUGAAUCAGGGACAGCGCGGGUGACACUGCGGGAGCCGCGGUUUUCCGUAGGUUCAGCUUGCAGUGUAUCCAGGGAGCACCUUCGGAGAUCUUCAGAAAAUGUAUGCUAUUUCUUGCCGCAAAUCAAACGACUUCGAAUGAGCUGUUUUGAUUUUUGUAAGUUUAGGAAUGAAGUAUUUGGUGGUGGUGAUGUCACACGUUUCCCUUUGCCAUGUUUGGUGUCGGGGUCUGUGACUGUGUUGCUUUUGAGUCCUGUUUACUCAUAUCGUACAAAUUAUUAUUUUUUUUUUUCUCAGCCGACUGGCUAUGAAUUUAUCGCACAUUAGCACUCGUACAGUCUUAUUGGCUUUGUUCGUAUUAUUGAAAGAACUUGAGAAAAGCUGAAUGUGUGAAAAAGAAUUAAAAAAAUCACGAGAUCUAACGUAAUGAUUAAGCAAAAUAUUUGAAUCACAAUGGUCACUUAUUAGCGCGAUUUAUUAUUUCUUUAACUAUUAAUUGAAUGUAUUGUAGGAGGAUUCUUUUUUUUUGUGAUGAAUUACUUUGGAAGUGUAGUUUUCAAGGCGUAUACGCAAUUUUCCCUGUAUAUUUGCAGUUUUGUUGCGUUUAAUUAAUCCUAUAAACCAUCUUUACAUAUACAUUUGGACCUUUUAGUGCAUUUUACGAAUUGUUUGCCAAAUUGCGAAUUUUCUUUAACUAAAUAGUCCUCCCGUGCCAGGCCAGUUAAGCUGCUUUUUUUGUUUUGUUUAUAGUUUUUCAAACAUCCAGAUGUGCAUACCGUCAUUCUUCUGGGCGGGGCUUCACACUUCAAUCAUUUUAAACCGUUCACUUGGGUGGGAUGAAACUAUCAGUCAUCAUAUACCAGUUUCAAACUGUUUUGUUGUUGUACAAGUAGUGGACCUGCAACUUUACGACGACAUUUUUGAACACAAGCUUUUGUACAUACGGCUUUUAUUUUGAAGGGCUAAGCCUAAUCUGAGAAACACCGUUCUUUAUCAGAAACAGAAACACUACAGCUAGUCAUUUCGUACCAAUUAGGUUCACAAAACAUCAGAAUAUGUUGUGCAGCUGGUAUAAGUAGCUUUGAUAUCCUGUUCAGCUGAUGUUUAAGGGUUUGUUUUUAGUCGUUCUCAACAUCUUGUGAUUAAGUUUGAUAUGUUUUUCCUCCCUGGGUUAAUGCACUGAACCUACUCUGCAGUAAAGGAACGAACUCCACUCAUGUGACGUAUCUGUUCCUCCAAACUCGUUCCUGGUACUCUUGAGAGAUGCACACACUAAUGAAUAGACAUGACGCUUUCGCUUGGGGUCCACGCUGACGUGAUGGAUGCCUACAAUAUGAAGCUAUCUUUCUUUCUUUUUUUAUUUCUGAUGUUGAUGCAUUACCUGAACACUUGUAUGUAGGACACUUUAAUAUAAUACAUUUGUUUUUGAUAAAACAGCUAAAAUAAACAUGUGUAGUGGUGUAUAAAAUCAAAGUAUUGUAUCACUUUGUAAUGUAUUUCUUGUUCGGUUGGUUGCUCUCUCUCUCUCUCUCUCUCUUUUUUUCUUUUCUUUUUUUAAAGCAUACCAAAUGUAAAUGAUGUACUAUAUUGAGUGUGCCAAUCCCUUUGAUUUGUAGAGCCAGACUCUUUAUAAGUGCCAAUGUUGUGGAAAUCAUUUAAAAAAGGACUUGUGUGUUUUAUGGUCCGGUUUUUAAAAACAAAUAAACAUUAAGUAUGUGAUUAUGGUAAAUGCGCAACAAGAAAAGGACCGUUUUAUUCUGUAUUUAAGAUUAAAGAUGACAAACUGCUGUUUUUAAAAGAAAUGACGUUUUAAUUGCAUGUGUUCGUUUCGGCGGAGAGGGUCGGGUAAAGGAGAAACCGUAUUAACGCGAAACCCUGCUGACAAGGGGCUUAAUUAUUGUUCAUUUACAGUAUUUUAGACAUUUCUCUUUUUGUAUGUUUCAUUUCAACCACUUUUGCCUGAACCUCAUUCAUACAUGAAAAUGACUUUCAUAGCCUUCUCCUUUAAAGAAAAAAAUAUCCAUUUUAAAUUGGAAUAAAAUUUGUUCCUAUA